CAUUUCAUGCAGCAGCAACACCAGCAGGAGCCACCACCGCAGAGAGAGAGAAGAAGAAAAAGAGCACCGUUCAUGAGUUAAACCUCAAUUGUGUUUGUUGAAAAAAUUCUCGGUUUCAGCAUCCUGCAGAAAUCCUGUCUGUUGAACAGUGAAACUAUACACACAGCCUAGUUGCAUUGGUGAGUUGCAAGUUGCAUGAAAUUUAUGAAGGUUAACUAUUUCAGACUACAAGCAAUGUAUUUGUACUGCAUGGUAGACAACAGUCAGGGUUACUUAAAGGAGCCAAAGAGACAAACUAAAUAAGUUGCAUCAUUUUUGUGGCAUUGAGCUGAAACACAAAGGGGACGGUACAUGUAUUCGCCCCAAACCUUUCUGUUUGGUACGCGACAUCCUUUCAGUACGCCAUGUGACCCAAACUGCUGUUUAUGUCUGCUAUUUGCACACAUGGAAAUUCUGGAGCACGAGUCUUUGCCAAAAAUGUUUUGGCAGCACAUUCACUAUUUGCCCUCCUUAAACUGUAGCCGUUUGUAGUACGGUAAGCCGGGUUAAUAAAGCUCGAUUUGCAAUGAUUUGUGUCAAACUGUAUGGCGACAUUGUUGAACUGAAGUCUGGUAUAUCUGUACACUUCAAACAUUAAAUUACAACGGCAUUGUCUGAAUGUAUCACUUAGCAGAACGAACCAAAAGACAGACUGGAUGGCAAGUCCGUCCCCCACAGCGUUCAGGGAGUUAUUGAUGCUAUUUAUUUUUAUUGACAAAUGUCAGUAUUUUAGAUAAAAAAUGUAACUUUCCCGCACGCCCCUGUAUUAACUGGGUGGUCUAGCAGCAAUCUAACAGCACCAUAACAUAUAUUUAUACAACCACAAUAACAAACACAUUUUCCCCAUUUUUUUUUUCGGGAGAUAAUGUCGUAAAUCAUGACGACAGACAUCCAAGCUUCAUUCGAAAACAUCAAUCAGAGUUUUGAACGUUAAACAUAAAGACAUUCACUACAGCACUAGUAUUUGCAAUUUCAUACGGUAUCUGUGGUAUGCUAGCAAUAGGUUUUGCAUAAUUGAAUAUUCUGUUAACGUGGACAUGUGAGGACCACUAGUUGUGGCCAGCCAAUACUGUGUGGAAAAAUAAUCUCACCAUAUAGCCCAAGCCUAAUGUAUGUACAUAUGUAUUCAUUAUUUCUAUGCAUUUCUUUCACAAAACUUGAACAGAUUAAUGAACAGUGGAGCUAUGUUAUUGCUUAAGAUUGUUUCUGUUAUGGUUUAACAAAAAGUCUUGCCUGCAUCAUAAUCUCUUAAGAUCUGUAACAAGUUAAUCAAACUUACUAAAGGCUUCAGAUGGAUGGAGACAGUUACAGUUAAGCUCUCUUGCUAGUUUCCUGCACAUUUGUUCACCCCCAAACCCCUUUUAAAUACCAAUGGUUUCCAAAUGUCCGGACCCAAAAAUAUAAACAUGGUGUCGGGGUUAUUCUGAAGAAACUGAAAUAGCAGUGUUAGAAUUAGCAGUGUUGGCUAAGCUUUAUGUGACCUACGAAGUCAGAUCUGAGUUCCCUGGGGAAACAUCUGGAAACCACUGGUCUCUCUUUUCUUUUGCUCUUCAUCUGACGGUAGUGUUGCUUUUUUUCCCAGGUUGUAGGGCUGUUGUUUAGCAGUCAGUAUGGCGGUAGUCAUCAGGCUGCAGGGUCUGCCCAUAGUGGCCGGCACCAUGGACAUCAGACACUUCUUCUCUGGCCUAACCAUCCCUGACGGGGGAGUGCACAUCGUUGGGGGUGAGCACGGCGAAGCCUUCAUUGUCUUUGCCACCGACGAAGACGCUCGGCUGGGGAUGAUGCGCACAGGCGGAUCCAUCAAGACCUCCAAGGUGUCGCUGUUGCUCAGCAGCAAGACGGAGAUGCAGAACAUGAUCGAACUCAGCCGCCGCAGGUUUGAGGCUGGGGCGGGUGCUGUGGAGACGGUCACACCUGCAUCAGGCAAUGUUAAUCGACAAGCUGGCUCUGCCCCCAUACCAACGGUGCAGCAAGGGGGAGGGGGAGGGAGAAGCAGCAGCCAUGGAAAUCAAGGUUUCAUGAAUGCCCCAGUCUCAGUGACGUCAGCGAGCUCAUCGCACGAGCCACCAAGCAACAAGGGAGCGGUCAAUGUGGUGCCCAGCUUCCCCAACAGUUACAGCUCCGGCCCCUCAAUCACCGCAUCUCUCGCAUCGCUCAAUGCAUGCCCCCCACCCAUCCCUCCACUUCCCAGCAUGCCUUCCAUGCCCCCCAUGCCCACGAUGCCCACCAUUCCAGUUCCUCCUCCAGUGUCCUCCCUUCCCCCUUUACCUACUGUCUCGUCCAUGUCCCAAGGACAUCCAGUGCCUCCUAUGUCCCACCUUUCCCACAUGUCCUCAAUGCCUCCCUUCAACCCCUCCCUACCUCCCCCAGGAGGAAUGGGUUCAGGCCUCCCUCUUGGAACCCCCAACCCCAUGCUGUUCAACCCUCUCUCCCCUCUUGCUUCUCUGGGCCUCCAGGCUCAUAUGAAAGCUGCUGCUGCUGCAGCAGCGGCCGGAGCUGGAGUUUCCCAUCCCGAUGAGUUGUUUGUCCUCCUGCAGAACCUCCCGUUCUCCUGCUCAGAGAUGGAGGUCAGGGAGUUUUUUCGGGGUCUGGGGGUGGAAGGGGCUCGUCUGCUGCGAGACGGGCAGGGUCGGCCAACUGGCAGGGCUAUGGUCAAGUUCUUCUCGCCCCAGGACAGCUUCGAAGCUGUGAAGAGGGGAGGUGGCAUGAUGGGCCAACGGUUCAUUGAGAUCACUCCAGGCUCUGAGCGGCAAUGGGCCAGCCUCCAUGACGGCAUGAUAAGUCAUGCACCUCACAAUAUCAGCAAAUCAAAUAACAGCAACGAGUCACAGGAACAGCAUCAUCGCCGGGGUAAUGUCAUGCAAGGAGGCAGGGAACAGCGGGGAAGGUCACGAUCUCCGCACCGGCAGGAAUUCUGUGUCUACCUGAAGGGCCUGCCCUAUGAGGCCGACAAGAAACAGAUAAAAGAGUUCUUUAAUAAUUUGUCCGUCAUGGAGGAAAGCGUCUUCAUUGCUUAUGGGCCCAACGGGCGAGCCACAGGAGAGGGCUUCCUUGAGUUCAGAGCAGAACAGGACUACAAGACUGCUCUGGGAGCUCACAUGCAGUAUAUGGGCACCCGCUUCAUUCAGGUCCACCCAAUCAGCCGUAAGGGAAUGCUUGAAAAAAUAGACACCAUUCGCAAGCGUGAAACAACACAGGGUGAUGGCAAGAACCAGGAUGGCUUGAAAGUUCCCAGGAACUGUGCCCACAUCACCAACAUCCCUUACAAUGUCUCCAAGAAGGAUGUCCGUGUCUUUCUGGAGGGUGUGGGGCUUUACGAGGACACCCUUAAGGUUCUGACAGAUACCCAUGGUAAUGGUUUAGGACAAUCUGUCUUUCAACUGCGGACCGAGGAAGACGCCCGGAAGGCUGAAAGACUGCACCGCCAAAAACUCAAUGGCCGCGAUGCCUUUGUCCACCUGGUGACCUUUGAUCAAAUGAAGGAAAUUGAGAGGAAUCCACCUCCUCAGAACAAGAGGGGCCAACGCAACCAGAACCAGCAGAAUCCAAAUCAGAACCAGCAUCAGCAAGCCCAGCCCAGUCCCCAGCAACCCCAGAUCAACCCAUUUGCGGGGAUUAGUGGGGAGGAAUUUAACUUUCUCCGAAACACCAUGGGGAACCUCAAUAAUGCCCCCUUUGUGAGUCCAUUCUCAGCCCCAGGGAAUGGGCUAGCAGGCCCUCCUCCUCUCCCUCCUCUGGCAGCAGGCCUGGGGGAGGUGAAUCUGGGCUUGGCC